GUUGACGUGAACGCAGCCCGCGUGUCUCGAUUUUGCAAUAACGUGGCUCCAGGCAAGGCGUAGCCGCCAGCUCGCGAGCCUACACAGCGUAGGCAACGAACUGAACUACCCUUUACUGCUGGGCUCCAAGCGGCCCUACCCUCGGCACACUGACGUCAGUGGCGGGGUGUGUUCGGAGGACGUGCAGAGCUCUUGUGGAGAAGGGCGCCAUGCGGCUCUGUCAAAGUGGCCGUGAGUCAUGACCGUUUUUAUGUCCAAAGACUGCCCAAGAUGCGGCGACCGAAUUGCCCGAAUCGAAUAUCUCAUUAACGCACGGAGAGCUUAUCCUAUCGCGUAUGAUGAAACGGUUUGGUCGUGAUGCGGACAAACUGGUUUCGCGCUUGGCUUGUUGUGGUGUUGGUGGUGGUGGUGGAUCACUUCAAAACUUAGCAGCUGGACGCGUGGAACCCGUUGGACUUAAAGGGCAGCGGCUGCUCUGCACCCGUGGAAAAGCAAGGGGCCGUGGACAUGGACAGAGUACGCCAGUAUUGCGAGCUCUGUGGGAAAAUGGAGAACUUGCUCAGGUGCGGCAGGUGCCGAAACUCCUUCUACUGCAGCAAGGAGCACCAGAAACAGGAUUGGAAAAAGCACAGACGCAUUUGCCAGCAGCCCGAAACAUCAAACAUUCCCCCACUGACCGGUCCACAGCCGAUGUCUCCAGCUGAAUCAGAGGUUCAGAAGACUGACAGCACGGCGUCUCUGAGCGCCUCGCGCAGAGAAAGAGUGAGAGAUUUUAGCACAUAUUCGGAGAGCUCGGAUACCACUGAGAAGCGAACCGGAGCCGGCAUAAACGAUAACAGAAAACCCAAGGAACAGAACAAGUCUCCUCCGCAAAAACUAGCCAUGGAGUAUAUUGUUCCGUGCAUGAAUAAGCACGGCAUAUGUGUUGUAGACAACUUUCUUGGAGAAGAUACCGGACUGUGCAUUCUAGAGGACGUAAUAGCUCUCCACAAAUCCGGUAAAUGUACCGACGGGCAGCUGGUCAGUCCGAGAAGUGAUUCUGCGAAAGACAUACGAGGAGACAAAAUAGCGUGGAUAGACGGAAAAGAGCCUGGUUGUGAAAACGUCAGCUUUCUGUUGAACCGCGUGGACGACCUGAUCCGCCACUGUAACGGCAAACUGGGAAACUACACAAUUAACGGAAGGACAAAAGCAAUGGUGGCCUGUUACCCUGGCAACGGAACAGGAUACGUGCGCCAUGUGGAUAAUCCAAAUGGGGAUGGGAGAUGUGUCACGUGUAUAUAUUACCUAAAUAAAAACUGGGAUGCCAAGGCGCACGGGGGUCUCCUGCGCGUGUUUCCGGAAGGCCGAGCCCAGUUUGCCGAUAUCGAGCCCAGGUUUGACCGGCUGCUGCUCUUCUGGUCCGACAGACGCAACCCUCACGAGGUUCAGCCCGCCCACGCCACCAGGUACGCUGUAACCGUGUGGUAUUUCGAUGCCAAUGAAAGAGCCAAGGCCAAGGAGAAGUACCUAACGAGUCCUGGGGAAAAAGGUGAGAAGAUCAGCCUGAAUAAACCUUCGGAUUCCAACGACUAACUGUCAGAAACAUCUUGGAGAAUGAACUAUCCGAUGAAGGAGUGUACGGAUGAGUAGUUCAGGAGCUCUGCCAUGUGGAAUGCGCUCAGCCCACCGUCUGACCUGGAGUGACCUGGAAUGCUGUGGCACAUUCCAACAUGAACAUUGUUCCCAUGAAGGUUCCCGUACGGCUGGAUACGGCUGGAUAGAGGGAACUCUGCUCCUGCGGAUAGUCAGGACAGGAGGAGCGCCUGGUUCAUCUGUGUUUACAGUCCUGGGUCCUGCUUUCCUGCUUUGACUUGUGAAGAGAGGAUACAGUUUUCCUGUGCAUGUGUGAGGAGUUAACACAUCUGGAUGGAGUCGGUUUUCCAGGUGUUUGGGUUUUGGCAGAUGUUCAGAUGUAACGCUGUCUGGAUAAGCUGCUUUUUUCCCCACACGGAACCGUUGCUUGUGACCAUGGUGCAGAGGCGGAGCUUUGAUCACACCUGGGCUAAUGCUGUCUGGGGUCACAGGUCACCACAGUCUUAAACAGAAACCAACACCUACUUAUCUUUAGUGAUCUACAUUUACAAUAAUAUCAUGGUUUUUUACUUUGCCGUUCAAUCCUGCCAAGUAAUCAGUAUUUUGUUGUUGUUGGUGUUGUUUUCUUUAACCGUCAUUGCAGUGGGGUAGGUGUGGGGGUUGGG